AGCGGUUCGGAGCCAAGGGCCUUUGCAAAGCCGGGGCGCACAGCCGGCGGGAGAGGCCAGAGCCCUGCUCAGCGUUGAGCAGCACCGCGCGGCCAGCAGAGACCGAAGAGGGGCGCCAGGCACCGAUCCUCGCGUGGCCUCCGGACCCGGAGCCGCCCCGGAGCGCUUCUUGUCCUCGCAGCGGCCCCUCCGCAGCGCCCAACUCUGCGCUGGAAGGAACACUUCCCGCGCUCCGGCAGCGCCUGCUCCCCUGUCUCUGGGAGCCUCGGCUGUGGCCGGCUCUAAGCGCACUUGCAAAGAGUCACAGUAACUUAACUCUAACGAUCCAAAGCGAGGCCAGCGAGGCUCAGCUCUCCUGACCCGAGCAAAAGCUCCCUCGCUUGGGGCGUGCAGCGCGCGAGUAUCUCCCGAGACUCCAAUGCAGCGAGCGGUCCCUGAGCGGCCCCAAAGGCGCACGCCGGGCAGCUCCAUGGGCAACGCCGAGCGGGCGCAGAGGUCUUGGAGAUCUCAGCCCGCGCCCAAACUACUGCUGCUCGCCGCGGCCGCCGCGCUACUCGCAGUUCCCGGCGCGCUUGGGCGCCCCGCGGAGGAGGACGAGGAGCUCGUGCUGCCGGCGCUGGAUCGCGCCCAGCCACCCGGGACCACGCGGCUCAGCUUGGAUGCCUUUGGCCGGCGUCUGCACCUGGAGCUGCAGCCCGACCGCGGCUUCCUGGCGCCCGGCUUCACACUCCAGACCGUGGGGCGCAGACCCGCGCCCGAGGCGCCCGGUCUGGACCCCGCCGGCGACCUGGCCCACUGCUUCUAUUCCGGCACGGUGAAUGGUGACCCCAGCUCGGCCGCCGCCCUCAGCCUCUGCGAGGGCGUGCGCGGAGCCUUCUACCUGCAAGGCGAGGAGUACAUCAUUCAACCCGCGCCUGCGGCCGGCACCGAACAUCUGUCCGCCAGCGCCGCCGCCGGGGAGAAGUCUCCCGCGCAGCCACAGUUCCAUCUCUUGCGGCGCAGGCGGCGGGGCGGCGGCGGUGUCAAGUGCGGGGUCGUGGACAAGGAAACCCUGCCGGAGGGAGGCGCAGGGCUGGAAGGCGAGGAGCCCGGGGUGCAGUGGCCUCCGCGGGGCCAAGUGCCAGAGCGCGCUGGACAACCAACAGGAACUGGAAGUGUAAGAAAGAAGCGGUUUGUGUCCAGCCCCCGUUAUGUGGAAACCAUGCUUGUGGCCGACCAGUCGAUGGCAGAGUUCCACGGCAGCGGGCUAAAGCAUUACCUUCUCACCUUGUUCUCGGUGGCAGCCAGGUUGUACAAACACCCCAGCAUUCGGAACUCGAUUAGCCUGGUGGUGGUGAAGAUUCUGGUCAUCUAUGAGGAGCAAAAGGGGCCAGAGGUGACCUCGAAUGCGGCGCUCACUCUGCGGAACUUCUGCAACUGGCAGAAGCAGCACAACCCCCCCAGCGAAAGGGACGCAGAGCACUACGACACGACGAUUCUCUUCACCAGACAGGAUCUGUGUGGGGCUCAGACCUGUGACACUCUUGGGAUGGCUGAUGUUGGAACUGUGUGUGAUCCAGGCAGAAGCUGCUCAGUCAUAGAAGAUGAUGGUUUGCAAGCUGCUUUCACCACAGCCCAUGAAUUAGGCCACGUGUUUAACAUGCCGCAUGAUGAUGCAAAACAGUGUGCCAGCCUCAAUGGCAUGAACCGGGAUUCCCACAUGAUGGCGUCCAUGCUCUCCAAUUUGGACCGGAGUCAGCCUUGGUCUCCGUGCAGUGCUUACAUGAUUACAUCGUUUCUGGAUAAUGGUCAUGGGGAAUGCUUGAUGGACAAGCCCCAGAAUCCCAUACAGCUCCCAUCGGAUCUCCCUGGUACCUUGUAUGAUGCCAACCGGCAGUGCCAGUUCACUUUUGGGGAGGAGUCCAAACACUGCCCUGAUGCAGCCAGCACGUGCGCCACCUUGUGGUGCACUGGUACCUCUGGUGGCCUGCUGGUAUGCCAGACCAAACAUUUCCCUUGGGCGGACGGCACCAGCUGCGGAGAAGGGAAAUGGUGUGUCAACGGCAAGUGUGUGAACCAAACCGACAAGAAGCAUUUUGAUACACCCAUUCAUGGAAGCUGGGGGCUGUGGGGGCCCUGGGGAGAAUGUUCCAGAACCUGCGGUGGAGGAGUUCAGUACACAAUGAGGGAAUGUGACAAUCCAGUCCCGAAGAAUGGAGGGAAGUACUGCGAAGGAAAGCGAGUGCGCUACAGGUCAUGUAACAUCGAGGACUGUCCAGAUAACAGUGGAAAAACCUUUAGAGAGGAACAAUGUGAGGCUCACAAUGAGUUUUCAAAAGCUUCCUUUGGGAGUGGGCCGGCAGUGGAGUGGACGCCCAAGUAUGCUGGCGUUUCGCCGAAGGACAGAUGCAAACUCAUCUGUCAAGCCAAAGGCAUUGGUUACUUCUUCGUUUUGCAGCCCAAGGUUGUGGAUGGCACUCCUUGUAGUCCAGAUUCCACCUCUGUCUGUGUACAAGGGCAGUGUGUAAAAGCUGGCUGUGAUCGCAUCAUAGACUCCAAAAAGAAGUUUGAUAAAUGUGGUAUUUGUGGAGGAAAUGGAUCUACAUGCAAGAAAAUAUCGGGAUCUGUUACUAGUGCAAAACCUGGAUAUCAUGAUAUUGUCACAAUCCCAACUGGAGCCACAAACAUUGAAGUCAAACAGCGGAAUCAGAGGGGAUCCAGAAACAAUGGAAGCUUUCUUGCCAUCAAAGCCGCCGAUGGCACAUACAUCCUGAACGGCGACUUCACUCUCUCCACUUUAGAGCAAGAUAUUACGUACAAAGGUGUCGUCCUGAGAUACAGCGGCUCCUCUGCAGCGCUGGAAAGAAUCCGCAGCUUUAGCCCUCUCAAAGAGCCCUUAACCAUCCAGGUUCUCACAGUGGGCAAUGCCCUCCGGCCUAAAAUUAAAUACACAUACUUUGUGAAGAAGAAGAAGGAAUCUUUCAAUGCUAUCCCCACUUUUUCAGAGUGGGUCAUUGAAGAGUGGGGCGAAUGCUCUAAGUCCUGUGGAACGGGUUGGCAGAGGAGACUUGUGGAAUGUCGAGACAUCCACGGGCAGCCUGCUGCCGAGUGUGCCAAGGAGGUGAAGCCAGACAGCACCAGGCCCUGCGCGGAAGUGCCUUGCCCACGUUGGCAGCUGGGGGAUUGGUCACCAUGUUCCAAGACUUGUGGGAAAGGUUACAAAAAGAGAACCUUGAAGUGUCUGUCCCACGACGGAGGGGUGCUCUCGCAUGAGAGCUGCGAUCCCUUAAAGAAACCUAAACAUUAUAUAGACUUUUGCACGGUGGCAGAGUGCAGUUAAGUGGGGCCAGUUUUAAGGGAAAGGCAGGGUGGAAGGGCUGAGAUGGGGGAAUCAAUAGGGCUGGAUGGAUCCAAUGUAACCUGGUGACCAGUGAGGUGUGUGGGUAACGGGGAGUAUAGACGUAGGGAGAGAAGGAGUUAGAUCAUCAGAAUAGCCUUCCAGUUACACAUUUCAUAGGCUAGUUAAUGAGGAUUAUUAAUGUCCGAGCAAAGAUAGAUGAGUAGUAUGAUAACGCCCCAGGGCAUUAUUUUUAUUAUUUCUUCUGUUACAUCGAUUGCAAGUUUUUGAAAAAUGGAACAAUUGUCAAAAUAAGUAAGAAGUCUUACAACACGCGUUUCUUGGUACUGAUUAAAUACUUUAUGAGGUUGGGAGAUGAAAAGCAAAAGAAAGAUGAGAUUUUAUUAGAAGACACGGCUUACUUUACCUCACUUGUAGUAGAGGGUCAGAGGAGCACAGACAGGACAGGAGACCAGCGCUGCUCACGGCCGCUAGGGUUUCAGAGCAUGGUUAACCACUUUUCUCCAGAGUUAGGACUUCAGAUAGUUCAACAAGAGAGAAAACCCUCAGCAACGUGAAAUGACUCAAGUGGCUUUGUCUUGACCUUCUGGUACCAUCUCAGUCUGCAUUUGUGUAAUUCAUUUCAAGGAAGAAGCAGUUCCGUGUAUUUAUGAAAGUACAUUAAGUCUACAAUGGCAAAAAAAAAAAAAAAAAAAAAAAGCAGCAACAUAGUAGAUGCUGGAAAAA